CUAUCAAUAUGUAUGACCCAAAAUUGUGAACAAACAAAAUUGCCUAUAUGACAGCACCAGAACGAUCGCAACCAGAAGUGCCAUCAAUUGACCUCAAGGAGUACUUUGCAUCAUGACAGCACCAGAACGACCACAACCAGAAGUGCCAUCAAUUGACCUCGAGGAGUACUCUGCAUCAAAGACACUGAUUCCUUUUGACCAACCAGUCCCUUUACUUUGAAGUCCCAUCAAGCUCGCAUUUGAAGACCCUAUCUCCUGGGCCUCUACAGACAAGGCUUGCGAGUCUCAAGUCACUCAACAAUGUGAAUCCGGCGCUAGGAUUGGUUUCUCUAUCACAGCUUCAGACAAAUGUAAAACUCCUUGGUGGAAAUCAUUCACUGGAAAUGCUUCCAAUCAAGACUUUACAGAGAGGGCGAGAUGCGAAGAACGUGAAAUGGAGGCUCGCCUUGAAGCAGCAAAGGGGAAGUGCCGUGAAUUUGCAAAGUAGAAGUGCUUCCCGGCAUUUCGUGAUGCAAGGAUUGCUAUAAAAGGAUUGAGUCCCAAGGUGAACCAAAAAGAGUUAUCCAGGCUAAUUUCUUGGGUGAACUUAGGGGAGAAUUGUCAGAUAGCUGAUCUUUGGAGAUUAGAGAGGCCUUGGCUCCAGUUUAAGGCACAACUAAAAGUGUCUUAUUGCAAAGGGAGUGAUAUAUUAGGUUCAGAUGACACACAAAAUUAUGAAUAUUUGAGAACUAAUGUUGAGUAGUUUGAUUUGUAACUGAAGUUCAAUAUGACAGCACAUAUUAUUGUCUUCUUGAUUCUAACCUUCAUGAAAUCUUUCUUUUGAUUCUUGUA